UGCAUAAUUAAUAACAGGAAUGAAAGAAACAAGAAUGCAGGUGUUGUAGCUACUGAAAACGAUAGUCUUGGAAACAACAAGUUGUAGUAAGAUUGGAAAGAAUGAAGUCGACACCUAUCCAAAUUUACUUUUUUCUUAUGGCAUCAUCGAUGACAAUCGCUUUUGUACCAAGGCCCGAAUUCAUUUGGUACCUAUACCCAAAGUGGAACAACCAGCUUUAUGGAUACAAGCCCAAUUCCAACACUUCUGUCCUUCCUAAAAACAUCGUCGGAGAAGUCGUGGAGCAGAGAGACGAAGGGAUUCAUAGCAUUUUCUUUGACACCGGUUCAAAUAAAAUCGUUCUUGGAACUCUUGCCGAUACUCUUGGCAACAUUACAACUUUUCCAGCCUUUACAAUUUCUUUUCUAUAUAAAAUCAAUACUUUGCCGCUGCCAAAUGCCGUUUCUGUCCGCCUUUUCGUUUCAUCCCCCAGGAAAGAGGAGCGGAAAAACAGUAAUCCAGUCGAGAUUAGAUUGAUACAGACCGGGAGUAAUAUAUCAUUUUAUGCCGCUGUUGGACAUCACGAUAAAAACACGAAAGGUGCACGUGUCGACGGUAUAGCAAAGGUGACUCAAUGGUUCCACAUAAGCAUUAUGUAUACUGGCUUGCACCAAAAUGAAACACUGGUUUAUUUGAACGGCACAAGAAUGGCUUCCGAAAACUACAUUUCAACGAUUUCUCCCGAACCGUCAAAUCCCACCCCUUAUGAGUAUUCCCUUGGCUUUGAUAAAUCUCAGACAAAGUUUUCAAUGAGCUGGUUCCAAGUCUUUAGAGGCGUACUAAACGAGACAGAGGCAAUGGAACUCUCCGAGGCAACCUUCAGCCAAGCUCUGAAAGCUGUUCAAGUUACGGCGAAUUUUACUAUCAGUGCUGUGACGAUACAGGAAGAUGAUGGAAGUGUUAAUCUUAUGGCCAUGAGAACCGGAAAUGUGGAGCUUGCUUCAACAGUAAGGUUCAGUGCCACAAGUGACUCAGCCGUAAUAGACAAAGACUUUUCCUUCCAAUCCAAGGAGGUUACAUUCAAACCAGGAGAGAUUUAUCACAGUAUUAAUAUCCCUAUCCUGAAAGAUGACUGGACAGAAGACGAUGAGAAAUUUACUAUAUCCAUGACCUCUGUGGAUGGUGUGAUAUCCAUUGUCACGCCUGGGAGAGUCACGAUUACGAUCGGCAGCAAUGAUGGCUCAGCUGGUCGUGAACCUGCAACAGGAGAACAAACCGAUGAUGAAGAUAUCUGCUUUAUUCCGCUCAUCUUGCUGUGUGUUGGAAUAGGUUUGGUGUCUCUGGGCAUAAUCAUUUUACUCGGGUUUCUUAUCAAACUAUUCUGCUGAUAACGAAAUAAAAGCAAGUCAGUAGAGACAUCUUAAAAAGCUAGACAUCAUGCAACCAAAGGAAAGAAGUCUUCAACUAGAUCAAACUUUAUCGGGAUUCGUAUGUUACCUGCUGAAUGAAAGACUACGAAAAAAGACUUUUUCGAAUUUUACCCAAAAAUCUUGGUUUGACGAUGUAAACGAUGGAUUUUUUAAUUGAUACCAAUCUGUAACCAGGGUUCGCCGGUGUAUGUGUAUAUUAUUAAAUUUUGAUACUCUGGCAUCUUAAGUUUCAGCUUUUCAAAUUAGCUAUGUAUCGAAAUUCUUCACUUGCAUUUCAAACUUAAAAGGAAUAUUUGUGAAACUUAAGACCAAGGAGGAACUGAGGAGAAUGUAUCAUUUAAGUGGCUGGAUGACUCGUCAGUUUUUUUCACCGCUGAGCCGACGACAUAAACCUUCCUCGUUCACAUUAGUGAUGGUGAAACAAUAAAUGAAUAUAUUUUUUUGAUAAAAUA